AGGUUUGGCGCGCUGCUCAGACGCAAACGGUGCUAUACAUGUUCGUGACGCUGUCUCUAUUCACAACGAUAUUCGGGAUCGCCACGUUUUUCCUACGGACAUCGUCGACGUCGUGCGGUCCGUUCUCGCGCUACGAGUACGUGUACCAGAUCCUGACGGAGGGCGUCCUGCAGCUGCAGCAGCGGCCCGGGCUGGCCGCCGCGCUCUACUUCGCCGUGCGCCCGGGGGUCAUCGGGUUCCUUAUGCUGUUCCUGUGUGUAUCGGUGUACUACAUGCGGGCCCGCGCGCGCGCGCAGCGCAGCAUGGUGCGCCUGCUGCGGCAGAUGUUGGUGCUGCAGGCCAGGGACAAGGACUUCCUGCUCACCGCCAUCGCCAACGUCUCCAACGGGGAAUGGCUGUACAGUCCGAAACCAACAGAUGAAGGCCCAGACAGUCACACGUGGAAAUACCUUCGUGAAGUCAGAAAACCUUCGAAUUCAGGGUUCCAUUUCGAUGCUUCUAAACUCAGUCAUUCCUUAAUCGAGGGCAGGCCUCGGUCCUUCGCUAAGGAAAACAGGGCUUCGCAUUACAACGAGAAGAAAUCUGAAGAUGGCGACACGGAUAGUUCAUUCAGUUGGCAAGGGUCCAAUAAUUACUUGAAUAAGACUGAGGGGAACAGGCAGUGGCCUUGAUUGUGCAAUUGAAGGGUCUGAGUGGUGC